AUGUCAAAUCAAAAUUCAGUAGUAUUAUUAACUAGAUUAUUAUCAUUGAAAGAAAGUUCACCAUUUCAUUUAAUAAUAGAUUCAUUAUUACAGUCUUCAUACUAUUUAAUAGAAGAAUAUGUAUAUAAAUUAAACAAUUCAAUAGAUAUAAUAUAUUUAUCAUUUGAAACUGCUAAAAAGCCAAAUUAUGCUAAAGAAUUCAUAGAUUGUACAUUCAUAAAACCAGAUGAGAUAAUAAAAAAGGUAAAAAGUGUAAUAACUACUUCAAAAUCAUUAAUUAUUAUAGACUCGUUAAAUUAUUUUGAAAAUAUCGAAGUUACCAAUUUUAUUUCAACUUUAGCCAGUCCAACAACUACUAUAAUUGCCACUUAUCAUAUAAAUGUACCUAUUCCAAAGUCUUCCAUACCUAAUUAUCCAUCAGCAUUAUCCUUAUUAACAUAUAUUGCAUCUUCAAUAUUUGAAUUGGAACCAAUAUUACCAAUAGAUAUAAAUGAAGAAGAAUUGGAAAAUGAAAUUGCAAAAUUAAACAUACCUGUUAAUUUAAAACUCAAUAGUCCAAUUUUCAAAUGCACUUUAACAAAUAGAAGGAAGUCAGGAAGAUCAAUAAUUUAUAAAUUUAAAAUAGAUACAAAAUUACAUGAAUAUGAAAUUAUUAAAGAAGCACAACCUGAAACUAAUGAAGAAGAUGAGAGUUUAUUAAAAGAUUUGACUACUUUCAAUUUAACAACUUCGAAUAAACAAAAACUCGCAAAGGAACAAGUUGAAUUACCAUUCAUGCAAGCUCAAGAAUCUUUGGGUUCGUCUGGUGGUGCAAUUGUUUAUGAAUUUGAAAAAGAUGAUGAUUAUGAUGAAGAAGAUCCAUAUGAGGAUCCAUUCUGA